AUGGCUGAAGUAACUAUUCACGAUUAUCUCUAUUUGAUACAAAUGGGAUGCACACCUGUGAGUUUACCGAAAGUGAGACGACUACCAUUUGAUCCGUUAAAACAUCAAACGAUACAUUUGGAACGUUUGAUGCGAGGCAAAGGAUUGGUAGAUCCACAGUUGGAUGAGGAGUAUCCGUUACCAUAUUCGGAAUAUAUUCCAUGUGAUUUGAAUGUUAACAAAACCACUCCGUUUGAUGAUCAAAAUUAUUCGAUGUCUUCAACGUUAUCACCACCGCCACCAUCACCCACUGCGGAUAUCGCAGAAUCUGAAAUUGAUUAUCGAAUUUAUUAUUCCCACCGCAUGUUAUAUUUGCUGAAAAAGGUAGCAGAAAUUUUGGAAGAAAUGCGUAUAACGGCAAGUAAUCCAUCCAUUCUAUUGUCAAUUAACCAGUUGUCAAUAAUAGAAACAGCAUUUGAAUUUAUUAUUCCAACAGCAGUUCGACCUUAUGUUGAUGAUGGUGUGAUUCUACAUUUGGGUAGGAGUAGUCUCGUGGAGCAUUGGAAACCGAUUGUUGGCGAUAUUGAAUUUCGGAAGAAGCAGUUGAAGAAAACAUUAGAAGUUUUUGAUAUGUUGAUGAAUUCAUGCGAAAUGGUAAAGAAUUGUGUGGUGAGGAAAUUUCUGGCAGAUUAUAUAUGCUUAAAUGAACAGUUGAUUGAACUGGGUGAAAAAGAUCACAAGCAAAAGUAUGGAAAAUUUAUUUUAAGCAUUGACAGGCCCAUGUUGAUCACUUCGCUGUUUAUUUUAUUAACUGCGAAUAAGGAACAACCGAAAUGGUUGCAUAAAGCAAUAAGCAAGCAUAUCACCAAACUUUUGUUGUUGGAGAAUGGAUUGUAUCAUUUAAUAACAGCAAUAACCGAAGGUGCAAAUUGUUUUGGAGAUUUCGGAUUUGUGCAAUCAUUGUCUCGAAUAUUGGUAACAGUUCCUUAUAAAGCGUCAAAAGAAAAAUAUUAUAUUUCUUUAAUUGAGAAUUUUUUGGUCAUCAUAGAGAACCAUCCAAAUGCUGGAGAUGCUGCCGUUUGCUUCACCGUUGUAUUAGAUAUGUUGCCGAAAGAGUUAGUUGAAAUGAUUUUCGAUACAUUGCUGUUACCGUGGGAGAAUCUCAAAGUUGAUUGCUUUUCAAAAUACCCACCGAGGAAGACCGAUUUUUUUGACCCAAUGUUAGAUAGGUCACUCAGGAUUUUGUCAUUUUAUACCAAAGCUCUUCCACGAGGAAUGCAUUUGCCACUCUUCCGCAGAUUCAAAGCGUUAUUCAAUUUAUGGACCCUACUGUAUGCGAGCUACACAGAAAAUCAAAUGCAUGGGAUUUCAGUGGAAUAUGACAAUGCUGGUCAGGGGAUAUUUGAUAUUUUGCACCGAAUUCUCGAAGACCCAUCAUUCGAAACAGUCGACGAAAAGGCUGAAUUUCUUGUGCGGCAAAUAGAGGAUGAUUGUGAUUCAUAUUUACCAGAGCUAAAUUACAGAAAGGUUCUGAUUGAGGAGGUCGAACAAGAAAAAGACAAGCCAACGAAUGCCUCGUUGAUUACCUCCAAUAAUCAUAUUUUUUGGCUAAAACUUCUCAAAGCUCAUUAUACAGGUCUGCGAAUCUAUCUUACAAAGCCUGAAAAAGCAGAAAGCUCAUUCAUUCGUUUCGAGAAAGGAAUUUUAAAGAUUUUACAGAAAAUUCAAGGCGAGGAGCCAAAAGCAUCACGUCGUUUAGCAAUCAGAACGGCGAUGUGUUGCAUUGAGCGUUGGGCAGAAGUGGAUUCUAAAAGUGGUAGCUAUGAUAGCAUUUGUAGCUCUCGAGAGACAUCAGAAAGUGAAGAAAUAAAUUUUGAAGGAAGGAAACAGAAAGUGAAUUAUUUUUUGAACGAUUUAUUGCCUAUUUUAUCGGAAACAAGCACACUCUCAGAUGAUAACUUGGCAAAUCUUAUUGACAUCCCAUUGAGUAUAUUGGAUAUCGCCACGGCAAAAUUGAAUGUGCGCGUGAAUACUAUUGCAGUGGAUAUUAGAGGUAUGCUGUCGGAAGAAGAUAAAGAACUUGAGGCUGCUGAUCGAAAUAAUAUCCAUUUAGCACUGACAAUUCUUCAAUGUAUUCUAGUUUUCAAGCAAGGAGAAUUCGUCAAAUUCAAAGAAAACUUGGUACGUGGAGCAAGUAUUUUGCAAGCUUUUUCGAACACAGUUUCAAAAUUAGAUGAUAUGGAUAAAAAGUUGUAUUUGGAUUUCCAGCAGCUUGCUGGGGAAAUUAUUGCAUUAUUAAAGGCAAAUAAUAUUGAAUCAAGAGAAGAUGACACAGCACCUAAUUUUAUCGAUGAAUCAUCAAAUGUCAAUGAUAAUCCGAUAAAUGGUUGUAGUUCAGAAACUUUCUCUUUGGAACAAAUUCAGUCUGAUCUUUUGGAUGAAUCAGAACCUAUUCGGGGGCAUGCUUUAAUUAAAUUAGCAAAAGGUAUUCGCCAAAAAAACAGACAACUUCUGGAUGACAUUACUGCUUGUCCCGCAAUUAUGCGUGCUGUACUGGAACAAGUUGCUGAUAAUGAUUCUUACGUUUAUUUGGCAGCAAUAAAUGCAUUAGCGGAGUUAGCAUAUUGGAAGCAACAAUUUUUCGAUGAGAUGGUGGAAUUCUUUUUAGACCCGGCCAAAAAACUGAAGUCCAUUCUCGAAUUCAACAUGGACAACUUACGGGAAGAAGAAAAGGAAACAUAUUUACUAAUACAGAGAGUGAAAAUUGGCGAAGCAAUUGCGAAGGCAAAUAAAAAUCUUGGUGAAAUGGCGCCGGCAUAUUUUGACCGCAUGGUAAAUCCAAUGUUGUCAUUGAUGCUCCAUACUAAAGAUGAUCUGCUGCGAGCUUCAGUACUCUCUUCAUUAUCCAAUCUUAUCGUUUCGUGCCGUGGAUUAAAUAUACACAAGCAUCUCGAUGAGAUGUUAUUAGCUGCUAAAUUAUAUAUACGUGAUGCGGAAGCGGAAAUAGUACGGCGAGCGGCAGUUGACCUAAUGCGUGCCAUUGUCAGAACAUACGAUAUUAGUCUUCUGCAAGAAGCUCCGUCACAUCUUUAUGAUAUAGCAGAUUCACUGAGUUAUAUCUUGGAUCAAGAUGAGGAUCUGGUUGUUAAAACUCACGCAAUGUUAUGUCUACAGGAUAUCGAUGCUCAAAUGGAGGAAGGUUUUCUGGAAUUUGAAAAAGCCCAUACGCGCAAAAUACGAUUUUAA